GUUUCAAGUAGGAGGCCGCCCCCCCACCCCAUCCUAGCCCCCCACCACCCCCGGCCUAAGCAGCUACCAUGGCCGAGAUCCCCGGCGCUGUGUUGUCCCAGGCGGGUUGGUACCUUUCAGAUGAAGGCAUUGAAGCUUGUACAAGUUCUCCAGACAAAGUGAACAUCAAUGACAUCAUCCCAAUUGCUCUCAAUACAGACUUGAGAACAAUUGGCAAGAAAUUCCUCCCCAGUGACAUCAAUGGUGGAAAGGUAGAAAAGCUUGAAGGUCCAUGUGUUUUGCAAAUUCAAAAAAUUCGCAAUGUUGCUGCGCCAAAGGAUAAUGAAGAAUCUCAGGCUGCACCAAGAAUGCUGCGUUUGCAGAUGACUGAUGGGCAUAUAAGUUGCACAGCCGUAGAAUAUAGUUAUUUGUCAAAAAUAAGCCUGAACACACCACCUGGAACUAAAGUGAAGCUCUCAGGCAUUGUGGAUAUAAAAAAUGGAUUCCUGCUCUUGAAUGACUCUAACACCACAGUUCUUGGCGGUGAAGUAGAACACCUUAUUGAGAAAUGGGAGUUACAGAGAAGCUUGUCAAAACACAAUAGAAGCAAUAUUGGAACUGAAGGUGGACCACCUCCUUUUGUGCCUUUUGGACAGAAGUGUGUAUCUCAUGUCCAAGUGGAUAGCAGAGAACUGGAUCGGAGAAAGACAUUACAAGUUACAAUGCCUGUCAAACCUUCGAAUGAUAAUGAUGAAUUUGAGAAGCAAAGGACUGCUGCCAUUGCAGAAGUUGCAAAGAGCAAAGAAACCAAGACAUUUGGAGGAGGUGGUGGUGGUGCUAGAAGUAAUCUCAACAUGAGUGCUGCUGGUAACCGAAAUAGGGAAAUUUUACAAAAAGAAAAGUCAGCCAAAUCAGAAGGGAAACAUGAAGGUGUCUAUAGAGAACUGGUUGAUGAGAAGGCUCUGAAGCACAUAACAGAAAUGGGCUUUAGUAAGGAAGCUUCAAGGCAAGCUCUUAUGGAUAAUGGCAACAACUUAGAAGCAGCACUAAAUGUACUUCUUAACAGCAGUAAACAGAAACCUGUUCCUGGUCCACCUCUGAGAGGUAAAGGAAAAGGCAGGGGGCGAAUAAGAGCAGAAGAUGAAGAGGAACUGGGAAAUGCAAGGCCAUCAGCACCGAGCACAUUAUUUGAUUUCUUGGAGUCUAAAAUGGGGACUUUGAGUGUGGAAGAACCUAAAUCACAGCCACAGCAGCUUCAUCAGGGACAGCACAGGUUGUCGAACACUGAGCAAAAUGGAAUCAAAGAUAACAAUCAGCCAAGAUACCUUCCUCGAAAUGACACCAGACAGCCAAGAAGUGAAAAACCUCCUCGUUUUCAAAGAGACACAAAUUCAAAGUCAGUUUUGGAAGGCAGUGGAUUACCUAGAAAUAGAGGUUCUGAAAGACCGAGCACUUCUUCAGGAUCUGAUGUUUGGACUGAAGAGAGAAUCAGGUGUGACAGACCGUAUUCUAGAUACGACAGAACUAAAGACACCUCAUAUCCUUUAAGCUCUCAGCACAAUGAUGGUGCUUUUAAAAAAAGGGAUAAUUCUAUGCAAAGCAGAUCAGGAAGAGGUCCCUCCUAUGCAGAGGCAAAAGAAAAUCCACUUCCUCAAGAAUCCAUAGAUUAUAAUACUCAAAAACGUGGGAGAAGAGAAAACCAAACAGCAAAUCCUGAUCACUUUUAUGACAGGAAACCACGAACAAUAAAUAAUGAAGCUUUCGGUGGUGUAAGGAUUGAAAAGCAUUUUAAUGUAAAUACUGAUUACCGGAAUCCUGUCCGAACUAAUAGUUUCAUUGGCAUUCCAAAUGGAGAGGCCGAGAUGCCCCUGAAGGGGAGGCGCGUGGGACCUAUUAAGCCAGCAGGGCCCAUCCCAGCCACACCCUAUGAUGACAAAAUACUUUACAGUACUGGGCCCAAAAGAAGAUCUGGGCCAAUUAAACCAGAAAAAGUACUAGAAUCAUCUCUUCCUAUGGAGUAUGCAAAAGUGUGGAAACCUGGCGAUGAAUGUUUUGCGCUGUAUUGGGAAGACAAUAAGUUUUACCGAGCAGAAAUUGAAGCUCUCCAUUCUUCAGGUAUGACAGCAGUUGUUAAAUUCACUGAUUAUGGAAACUAUGAAGAGGUGCUACUAAGCAACAUCAGGCCCAUUCAAACAGAGGCAUGGGAGGAAGAAGGCACCUAUGACCAAACUCUUGAGUUCCGCAGAGGAGGCGAUGGCCAGCCCAGACGAUCCACGCGGCCAACCCAGCAGUUCUACCAACCUCCCCGGGCUCGGAACUAAUGUGAGAAGAGUCUUUGUGAAGAAAGGAGCCAUUGACUGAAACAUCCUGGUCAAAACCUGUUGAUAAACCUGCUUUUCCUUCAGAAGAAGAUGCAGCCGUGGUGGAUCUUAUUAUUUGGAGAACGAAAAAGCAGAUUUUAGGGGGAGAUUUCAGUUCACACAAAGAAUGGGAAAAAUACUGAGUUAAAUAAAGCAAGUACCUUUUACAAGUGAAAGAGUUUUUUCUUCUGCCGUCAAUAAAACAAAUGCACUA